GGUCUUGAUUCAGAUGCCUAACAAUCACUAUUGGGCCAAAACUGGAAUCCAGCUUGACGUGCCGACGAGCGCGUGCACUCCAUAUCAAGAACUCGAUCCGACGCCUAAAACGCCGUAAACUCGAUGCUAUUGUACCUUCCGGUAACUGAUAACCGCUCCUGAGUACUUACUGCGUCUGUCACUAAGGGCACAGUGGCUUGUUUUUCCUCCGCCUCCGUCGUCUUCAGCAAUCAGCACUGUAUUUUGCUUCUUGUGCAUGUCUAUUUACUUCCAGCCAUGGCGUCCAUUUCUAAUCUUUCUCUCUACUCUCAUCCAAAGCCUCAAAGCAGAGACUGCUGUUCGUGCCGAUGGCGUCGGGACAUCGCGGACGUAGUGAUCCGCUCCGACUUAAGACGCUGUCGUUUGGUAGCGGAAGGAGAUGUUCUGAGAGGCAGAAUUCGGUUGUGACAGCCGCUUACGGCGCAGAGCGAGGCACGAGGCGGGGAAUCUACUGACAGUCUCAGGCCGAGCUGCCUUCCGCUGAUGCUCCUGUGAAGCAGAUUGCCUCGUUUGCCGUUCCGGCUGGUGUUUUCCUCCUCGCCGUGCCGUGAGUUUUGCUGAGAGUGAUGUGGAAACUGGUGAAGAAACUCCCUGCACCAAAGACUUCAAGGCAAUCAUCUGUAGGAAAUAAAUCUCCAUCACAAGGAAUGAAGUGGUCCUUUGCUCCAGGUUCAAAUCUGUUUUCAGGUCUAGCAGCAAAGAUUGAUAGUCAGUCCAAGCAGACACUUAAUGUAUUUGCCAAGGAACUUAGGUCAUUCAGAAGUGUUGACAUGUCAGGAAACAAUUUUGGAGACGAGGGACUAUUCUUUCUUGCUGAGAGCUUAGGGUACAACCAGGUUAUUGAGGAAGUUAAUUUUGCCACAGACGAAAUAACUUCAACAGGAAUUAAAGCCUUUGAUGGUGUUCUUCAAUCAAAUAUUGUACUGAAGACUCUUGAUCUUUCAGGAAAUCCUAUCGGAGAUGAAGGAGUUAAGUUCCUAUGUGGGAUUUUGGUGAACAAUGCUAGUAUCCAAAAGCUCCAGCUGAACAGCAUUAACAUUGGGGAUCAUAUGAGCAUUUUUGCCGUCCUUCUUGCUACAGUCCCAAAGAUUUGUAGAGGUGAAGGCAUUUGUGGCUAAGAUAUCUGUUAAGAACAACUUACUCAUUUGUGCAAGGUGCGAAGGUCAUUGCAGAGUUUUUGAAGAAAAAUUUGACCUUGCACCUUCUUGAGCUAAAUAACAACAUGAUUGAAUA